UCCUCUUUGUGUCUCCGGGUUUCGUCUGACAUCCAUCUGAAUGUAGCUGGAAGCUUCCCGGUUCCGCUCCUGACAACCCUGGACGGAUUCGUGUCGACUGCCCAGAGUCCGCGAAUUCAAGUCCGCUGUCUCCCGUUAUCAGCAAAUCUAUCGUUUUCCGAAUAAUAAUAAUAAUAACAACAAGAGGACGAAGCCAGAAGCUCAGUUAAAACCAAGCCGGUGACCAGUGAGACUGACCACCCAACUCCCAUCAACAUGUCACUGCACCAGUUUCUGCUUGAGCCCAUCACCUGUCACGCCUGGAACCGGGACAGAACCCAGAUCGCCAUCAGUCCCAACAACCAUGAGGUUCACAUCUAUCAGAAGAGCGGUAACCAGUGGGUGAAGAGUCAUGAGCUGAAGGAGCACAAUGGACACAUCACAGGUAUCGACUGGGCUCCUAAGUCCGACCGUAUCGUGACGUGUGGGGCGGAUCGUAACGCCUACGUCUGGUCUCUGAAGGACGGCGUCUGGAAGCCCACGCUGGUCAUCCUGAGGAUCAACAGAGCUGCGACCUUCGUCAAGUGGUCUCCUCUGGAGAACAAGUUCGCUGUGGGCAGCGGAGCCAGACUCAUAUCAGUCUGUUACUUCGAGUCUGAUAACGACUGGUGGGUGAGUAAGCACAUCAAGAAGCCGAUCCGUUCCACCGUCCUCAGUCUGGACUGGCAUCCUAACAACGUGCUGCUGGCGGCUGGAUCCUGUGACUUCAAAUGCAGGGUGUUCUCGGCCUACAUCAAGGAGGUGGAGGAGAAGCCGGGCCCCACCCCCUGGGGGUCCAAGAUGCCGUUUGGGGCGGUGCUGGCUGAGUUUGGGGGUGCCGGGGGAGGAUGGGUCCACUCUGUGUCCUUCUCCUCAUCUGGUAACAGACUGGCCUGGGUCUCACACGACUCCACUGUCACUGUGGUGGAUGGUACCAAGGGAUCCACUCCGUCUCAGUUGAAGACAGAGUUCCUCCCUCUGCUCAGUGUUCUCUUCAUCUCUGAGAACAGCGUAGUGGCAGCGGGUCAUGACUGUUGUCCCAUGCUGUUCCGUUGUGAUGACGGAGGGUCCCUGACGUUUGUCUCUAAGCUGGACCUUCCCAAAGCCUCCAUCACUAGAAACAUCUCCGCUAUGGAGCGUUUCAGAAACAUGGACAAGAGAGCGACUACAGAGGACCGUAACACAGCCCUGGAGACACUGCACCAGAACUCCAUCACUCAGGUCUCCAUCUAUGAGGGAGACCAGUCUGACUGUCAGAAGUUCUGCACCACGGGCAUCGAUGGAGCCAUGACCAUCUGGGACUUCAAGAGUCUGGAGGCGUCCAUCCAGGGGCUGAGGAUCAUGUGAAGGACCAGCUAAACAACCCCCCUUUCCCUGACACCCCCCUCCAAGCGGCCAGUAACAGUCUGACCACGCUAAGAAGUAUCUGAUUAAAAAGCACUGACUACACACACUCACACACACGCACACCGACACACACACGAACACGCACACCGACACACACACGCACACCGACACACACACGCACACCGACACACACAUGCACACCGACACACACACACAGACACACACACACACACAGACACACACACACACACCGACACAUACACACACCGACACACACACACACACGCACACACACACACCGACACAUACACACACCGACACACACGCACACACACACACCGCACCACAUACACACACCGACACACACACACACACACACACGCACCGACACACACACGCACCGACACACACACGCACCGACACACACACACGCACACCGACGCACACCGCACACACACACACACACACACACACACACACCCUCUCUGAGCUGACAUUACCACUGAUUGUUUGUUUAUGUAAACCAAGGGUCAUAGGUCAACUUGACGACCCCGGGAUGUUUAUGUAAACGAAGGGUCAUAGGUCAACUUGACGACCACAUCAGUGUGUGUUUUUUUAUUUAAAUGUAGUAAUAAUAACAACAGGUGUUUUGUCUCUGAAACGACUUCGGCACUACAACACUAAGUUACCAUUGAAGGAUGUGCUGUGAAGCCAAUGUGACCAGAUGGCACACUAUUCCCUAUAUAGUGCACUACUUUAGACCAGAGUCCUAUAGAACCCUAUUCCCUAUAUAGUGCACUACUUUAGACCAGAGUCCUAUAGAACCCUAUUCCCUAUAUAGUGCACUACUUUAGACCAGAGUCCUAUAGAACCCUAUUCCCUAUAUAGUGCACUACUUUAGACCAGAGUCCUAUAGCGGCUAUAUCCUCUGUGUUGUGUCCCUAUGGGCCCAUGGUCAGAAAUAGUUCACUGUCAAGGAACUAGGGUGCUAUUUGGGAUGGUUCCUAUGUCAUUAGAUGGAGGAUGUACCUAUGAUGUGUCUAAUUCAGCUGCAGGAGAAAUAAAGAAUCAAUUGACACUA